UCCAUGACACGGAAACUAGUAGACUGUGGAGAGAUUGGUCAGAGUGUACAAAGUGCUGUUGUCUGAUCAAACAUCUUCCCUGUCAGUACAUAGCAGCACACAUCAGUAGAGAGACAGAGACAUGAGCAAUUCAUCUGAAGAUCUCCUGAUCAUCUAUGAAGCAGAGGCCGAGCAGUGGGCAUCAUACCUGCACUUCCAUCUGGUAGGGCCAAUUCCUGAGGCUGGCAUCUGUUGUUAUGAUAUUGCUUUGGUGACAAGUCGCCAGGAUGACUUCCUGCGACUUAGUGGAUACAAAUGUAAGCUGCUUAUCCUGUCGCGUGGCAUGCUGGAGGGGUUAUGCCAGCUCCGGCGGUACUUUCUGAAUCGUGUAUUGCGACCAGAGACAAAUGUGGUGAUUCUCUUAUGUGGAGUGGAAAGCUUGGAUCCUCUGCUAGAGCUGGUUCCACUGAAGAGAGAGCAGUGUCUCCAAAUCUCCAGUGAGCAGGAGCCCCGGGACUAUCAACUUGCUGUGGCAGAGAUUGUUCACAAAGGUGGACAGGCAGCAGCAGAGGAUGGAAUAUCACUCCAGAAGCUGAAAAUACAGAAGAAACUGUCUAGUGGUGCUCUGGUCACAAAUCAGUCUUUACUGGUUCUACCCAGCCGUGUACCAUGUGAGAAUCCAAUGGAGAUCUUCAUUCUUCUGCAGGAGGCCAUGGCCAGCAAAGAUUCAGUGGUCGAGUUCAGUGGGAAUAAGCAGCGAGUGAAAGUGAAGCCUGUAAAUUGGAAUGAGAGCACACUGAAAGUGAUGGCACCUGAUUUUACUUCUGGACAUGUGAUUGUAACACUUUACAGUAAAGGCCUCGUGAAAGGCAAUGCCUGCUUACAAUACUACACCAUCAUGGAAGACAUUGCCCACUUCCUUCAACAGGCUGCAGAUCCUGUAAAGUUUAUGUGCCAGGCUUUUCAGGUGUCUUCCUUGGAGAAGCUGGAUCAAACUCUGGCUUCUUGUUUAAUGCGGAAAAUGCCGACAGGAGGUUUCAAGGGCCUGCAGUGUGGUCAGUCUCCUGCUGGAGAGUGUCAUUCAGAGGACAUUCCUACCCUCCUGCAUUUUGCGGCCCAGCAUGGAUUGAAAGAUCUGGCAAGUGCUUUGCUUCAGUGUCCUGGAUCCGGGAAGGCCCUUAAUAUCUCCAACAGCCAUGGACACACACCACUGGAUCUUGCACACGUACAUGGACACAACCAGCUCUUUAUCCUCCUACAAGAGUCCUUGAAACUUGAUGACAAUGAUGCAAUUGAUGACAUUGACACCGGUGUAUAUGAGUUGAUGGGCAGAGCAGAUAAUCUUUGGUUGGUUGAUCCUAAUGAGGAACACCAAAACAAUGAAGAUGUAAAUGUCUAUACUCCCCUGGGUAGAGAUGGGGAAGAGUAUGACACCAUCCUCACAUCCAGCAGCUCUGUAGUGAUAGUGAACCGCCCCCCUGCACCGACCCCUCGACCUGACUCCCUGCCUACCCCAGAGGACAAGACUCCCUUCAUCGCACAAGUUUUCCAGAAGAAAAAGUCACAAGGAGAUUCUGAAACACUGUACUCUUUUCCCACAAGACAGGCGAGGCAGAGGGACAGCAUCUCAACCACUUAUGACACCUUUAUGCCCAGUCAGCCACCAGGACUGGAUGAGCUGAUAAAACUUCAGCAGGAGGUGAAGAUGGGCUCUCUGAGUAUAGAUGAUGCUUUGGAUCGAUUCAAUGACUGGCAGAGGCUUCAGAAGGGAAUGGAUAGCAUCCAACAGGAGAAAAUACAGCAGCUGAGGGCUAGUAUCAUCAGCAGCAGAGAGGAUGAUGAAAGUGUCUAUGAUAAAAUCAGCAUCAUUCAUCACACACCAACUGCAUCUGCAAAUGAGUGUCGAAGAGCGAGUCAGCAAGCGGACACUGAGUUCUACAGUAAACCUAUAAAAGGACAUAAUUCAAAUUUCUUUAGGAAGGCAGACAAACAGUAAAAACAGACAUCCUGAUUGUGGAAGCACUGAUCCGUCAAAGAAAUGCAUUAAACAAUAUAGUGUACAUUAAUAUCAACAAUUUCAUGGCAAUUCGUAACUAUUUUACAUGCUAAUUGAGGCUUAUUUGUAUGUGUUUUUAUGAUCCUGUUUGUACAAGUUCAUAUGAUUGGCUGAUAGUUUAGGUUUACUUAUUCAUACGGAAUAAAUUUU